AUGCAACGACGGCGCAUUGUCCAGCGGAUCCUCUACCGCUCCGUCUACAUCCUCUUCUAUCUCAUCCUCAUCGGCCUGCUGCUCAUCACCCCCGGCGACAUUAUCCAGCGAUCGAUCCGCAACCACCAGCGAUACAACAUUCUGGUCCUCGCCCUCGUCUACGCCGCCACGGUCCUGAUCAUUGCCUUUGUCUAUGCCACCCGCCUCUAUGUCAACAAGACGGCGCUGGCUGCGAUUCCCAAGUCAUGGGUGCCCAUCGAUAAGGGCGACGUCAAGGAGCGCGUGCACAAGAUGAUAUGCGCCGGCCUGAACCGCAGUGCCGCCAUUACCUUUCUCUCACGGCCCAGAGACAAAUCGGUCGCGGAUGAGAAUGCGUCGCGGGAGAACCUCUUUGCGCAGCCACGUGUGCCGAUAAAGACGGCGCGGACCGUGGGCCUGGAGCUUGGCGUCAUACUGCCGGCCAAGGGCACCAACUGGGCGGACAUCGAACAGCCAGGCUGGGGUUCACCAAACUCUCCCGAUCUACCCGACCUGCAGUACAGCACCGUGCUGUCGGAGCUGCCUAACCUUAUUGAAGCCAAAGCCCUCACCCUGGCCCCCAACGACCGAACGACAACGAUGCUCAACGCUGAGCAGCCGCAGCUGGAUCCCGAGGUCGUGGCGCUGCUGCAGCGCGACCCGACCAUGAGUUUGCGGACCUACCUGGAUAACCUGGCAGAGCUCGGUGUACUCGACACGGAAGAGCAGACGACGGGCGACUUUCUCACACAAUAUGAAAACGCACGCUUCUCAACACGUGCUCUGACGAAUGGCGAGUUCCGCAGCCUCAUGCACCUCUUUGCCGAACUCCUACGCACCAUGCACUCGCCCAAUCUCGGCAAUGAUACGCCCACAGCCCACCGCCGACCGGCAGAAAGCGCCCACGACAGCGACGCACCGCUCGAGUCGCGCCCGACGACCCCUCGCAGCCGCAUGUCCCAGUCCAUCAACAGCGACUCCUCCAGCAGCGACGCCAUGCUGCCCGGACGCCUGCCCCUGCCCCGGCGCAACUCCUCCUUCAACGCCUGGAGCCAGUACGCCACGGCGCCCAACACGCCGGGUAGUCGCCGCACGGGCGUGCUGUCGCGUAAGCGCAGCGGCAACAGCCUCGCGACGAUGGCGACGCGGCACGGCACGCCACUGUCCAUGACGCGGAGAAUGCCGGAAGAAAACGAUGAUAUGGGAUAA